GUAAAUGCUAAGUACAGAGGGCGCGUUAUCAUGCAACGGCACUACAACACGCUUUGAAUGUCUUCUUCCUGAGCAGGUGGUCCUACCAGCACGAAAUCUCUUUGCCGAAGAUGUCGUUUUUUACUGAACAACGGAUUCAUUGACCUACUUCUGUUGAUGCACAGACAUAAUCGCAUACAACACACCUAGUCGCGCUGAGCGUUUCCUCGAGUUCAUGGACUGCAAGAGCCAUAUUGGUUACUUCCGGGCCUAUUGCUGAUAUGGUCAUCAGCUUAUCACGCUAAUGCUUGGCUUAGGGAACUUUAGGGCGGCGACUGGACCGGCGGACGUUGGAGGCUAAUACCACUACCUAGCUCCUGGCGACUACGGCCCGCUGUAAUGGGAUUCGAACCGUGGACGAGCCUAAGCCUUCUCCCCAGGCUUAUCAUGUGAACACGUUACCUCACAGAUUCGCAAUGCAUUCAGGCGGCAGCGGACAACACGACACCUUUACUACGGACUCUGGCCCCGGGGCCGCCGAAGAGCGAGCCGGCAAGCGCCAAUGUACACAACAACCGCGUCUGGUGAGCGCGCCGGGACCAGAGCAGCUAUCAGAGGGCGCUGCAGGCCACAAGUUAAGCCCUUCAGGGAGUGGGAAGCCUAGCUCCGGCGGCAGCCCUGGCAGCCAGUGCAUCCCAAGGGGUUUCGAGCUGAUAAGGCCCGACAAGCAGCUAGGCCUUCCCCCACACGGCGCCCUGCCCACACCCUCACCUCCAACGCAGCUCUCCUCGCAUGACACCCAACCGGCCAAGUCUCUUAAGCCCGGGGCAUCACAGGGGGGUGCUGCGUCGGGGCCCAUGCCCAUGCGGUACAUGGCCGUACCGCCAAGUGCCGUACAACCCCCAUGCGCACCUCCAAGCCUGAUGCCAUCCUUAUGCCAGCUGCUCCUCCUGUACUUGCAACGUGUUCCACGUAAGGAGCAUGAGAGCAACCCAAGCCCCAAUCAGUCUGGAGACUCUAUUAGUCAUGUACGACAGAAUGGAUCCGCAACUGACCCACAUGAGUCACAAGCUGUACGACAACAGCAACCGCAACAGCAGCACCAAGAAGAGCGGGAACAUCAGCAGUGUACGGCAGAUGCCAUAGAACCGCCCCCAAUCGUGACUACAGUACGGCAAUUGCAAUUGUACGGCCUUCCGGCAGCCAUGCUCCUGCAAGCCGUCCUGCACUUGGUGGCUUUGGGGGCCGUAUCACCCGCUCACUACCAAGCAGCGCAGGCGGCUCUGCUGCCGGACCCCCCAGCAGCCCCAGUCGAAGCUGCUGCUGCUGCUGCUGUUACGCCUGUCAGCAGCUCAGCCGCCGCAACACGGGUAGCCGCCACUGCUACUGCCACUGAAGCCCCCGCAGCAGCCCGAGGCAAGCCGCGCGCCUCCGUGCAACCCCAUCCAACUGAACCGGUCCUACAUCAACAGCGGCAGCAGCCCCAGUCGGUGGCCCCCACCAUGACUGCUGCUGCUGCUAGUACUCAACCAAGGUCCCGACUUUCACCCUCCGGCCCCCAACCAAUUGCACCCGUAACACAACCAACAAGCACCGCAGCAGCAGCCGCUGCCUCACCCUCUCGGCCAGGUCAGCCUGCCUUCGCCUCCCUGGCGCAUGGCAAGGCGGUGCAGCAUGACAAGGCGCUGGACACAACCCUUGACCUGACCUCCGCCUCUCCCGCUGCGGCUGCGGCUGCGGCAGCUCCUCCCAGGACUGUACCCGCCCUCCGGGGCAGCACUGCGGGUGGCUUGGCACCCGCGCUGAUGCUGCCACCCGCAUCAGUAGCAGCAGCACAGCAGCUGCCUGCACAGCAGCAGGGGAUGCAUGGUGGUAGCGGCAGUAGCGGUAGCCGUACCAAUGUACCAGCAGGUGCAGCAGCAGGGCGACAGAAGGCGGCGGGUGAUGCAGCCGUGGCUGCCGCCAGCAGUCCCGCUGCUGCUGCUGCUGGUACCCCCCCUGCUGUCCCUGCUGCUGCUGCUGCUGGGGUGCGGUUCGCGAACCCAGUCGCGUGUGGCGCUGCCGGUCCGGGCCAGGGGGGCUUGACCCAGAUCAGGGGUUUGGUGAGCAGCAGAGGUGGUGGCGGCGGAGGAGCAGGAGCGGCUACCACUGGUGGGGGACCUGGAGGCAACGG